GCUGGCAAGCUGGCAAGAUCAAGACAAGACGUAAGGCGGCUCUCACUCUCCCUAAUUUCAAUCUCUCUCGUGCAUUUCAGAGUUGGGUGUGUUUGUAUGCGCGUGCCUUGCCACGAACUCGUGGGCUGUGUUCGUCCAUCCGCUGCCGCUCAGAAGCAGCAGCAGCUCUCGCACUUUUCAAUGAACCAACGAACGACCGACGAUGCUACGGUGGUGGAGCGAUUUUUUACGAUGACGCGGUGGCAGCGGCGGCGACGGCGACGGCACAACACAGCACCGCACAGCAGAGCACAACGAUGCUGUAUGGCUUGGAUGCUUGGCUUGACUUGACUUGACUUGGUUAUCUGGAGCUACUCUACUCUUGUUGUGUUUUUGUUCUGCUUUUAUUUUUGAUUUUGUUUUUGUUGGUUUUCUUUAUGCCAUGCACUUUAUUGUAACAGUUUUAUACAGUUUCUUAUUCCUCCUCGCUUCUUUCUGCCGCAACCGCAAUCGACCAACGAAACGACCAACUGAUCGAGGCUUUUAACUGAAGCUGAAGUUGAAGUUGAAGCUGAGCCGAGGCAUGUCUUUUUGAACUGCCCGCAACUUUGGGUAUGCUAAAAAGUUACGAUCGUUUUCAGUUCAGUACCUUAACUCGAACUUGUAGCAGACGACACUGUGUACGGAUAACGGUGCACAUGAUGCCUUAAAGUGUUUCAUUCGAGCCUUCUUUCGUCGUCGUCUUCCAUCAUUGAGCACAUUGAGCGCAGCGCUGCUCAGCGUCUCCAUCUAUCGGAAGAGUCUCUGAGUCUCGAGUCUGUUUGUUGCCCGUUUGCUGGCCGUGUUUUUUUAUUCAAUUGCGAUUUGAUUAUUGGAGCGGUUAUCAUCAUCGCGCUUGUCAACGCGUGUGCAAGUAGUAUAAUAGCGCGCAGGAUCAAAACAGAGCAUCAGGUCAAACGUUUCGUUCUUUUCGUUUUCUUGUUGUUUAUUUUUUUUUUGUUUUUGUUUUGGUUUUAUUUUUAAAUUUUAUUUUUUGUUUUGUUAUACUUUUUCCUGGAACAGGAAACGUUACUGGUUUCCGGUGAGUGUUUUGUGUGAACUAAUAAGCAGCAAAACGGGAAAAGGAUAAUUGGUUUUCCUCUGGUUAAUACCUUUCUCUGUUUUUUUUACAAACAUGAUUUAAGGAUUUAAAAAAUAUUUCCCUCAUUCCAUUAACGAAGAUGUCCUUUUUAUCGUAACAUUUUCAAACUGCCACUUGAAAAAAAAGUAUUUGCUCAAUAAACGUAGUUUUCGUUUUGUGAUAAUUGUUGGCAGAUGAAUCAGAUCAGAAAAAUUGCCACUAAAAAUGUCAUUGUGUGGAAUUUAAUUGUUUAUAUACGUGAUGAAAAUAAAUUAACAAAAGUAAAAUGAAAUUGAAAUAAUAAAAAAGAAAUAAUCAUAAAAAUGCGAGGUACAUAAAAUAAUUAUGUGAAUGAAAGUGAAAAAUUAAAUGUAAUUAAAAAAAAUAAGAGAAAUUAAUUUUGUAAAUAAUGUUUAGCGCUGAUUAAGUUGGACAGCUCAGAAAAAAAUCAAUAUUAAUAAAACCCUCAAGGAUAUCAUAGGCAAAUUCAAAUUGCUGGCUAUCAUCAAUUGGACUCGGAAAAAAUUUGCUGAAUGUUGUUGACCGUGCUGGUGAAUGCAGUCAAAAUAUGGAAAUACCCACCUCCUAUUGAGUGGAUUCUGGAUAACUGUGUCACCGAUCUUACCACCGCGGGACAACGGAAUCGAAAGCUGCAUGCUGCAGCCGAGGUUGGUUAGAGUAAACCUCAAUCUAAUUUCACUGGGCGCCAAUAAUGCGAGAAAAGGAUCAUUCACCAAGAAAAAUGCUUCCUAGUCCAAAGCAAGGGUCUGUGUACCCGAUGUUAGGCCACACGCCCGUCUCUUAUGCAUCUCAUGUACCUUAUGAUCUGUCGCCAGCAACUCGAACGUCAUCGUCAUCGUCCGGUCAUUUUCACCCCAGCAAUGUAGAUCAACCGCUCGACCUGCGGCUGGAUCAUAAAAAGAAUUCCCCUUCGGGCAACGAUGAGCUGCUCGAAGAUGAAAAUAGCAAUCUCAUCCUUCAAAACGAUCGAACGUCAACUUCAGAUCGAAGUUCAAGUCCUGUUAGUCAUAAGAACUUUGAGAAUAAUAAUAAUAAUAGCCACAACAACAACAACAACAAUAACAAUCUCCUGAUAAGCCUCAACGACUGUAAGAAAAAAUUUCGGCAAAACGCGCUUAAUCACUCACUGAUGAAGGAAGAGCUACGGAUAUCUUCCGGCAACGAGGCUAACCUUCAUCACCAACAGCGAUCUAACCUGCCCUUUCAUGCGCCGUCACUUCAUCCGUUGAUGCUGGAAGCAAUGGCUAAAGCGAUACCCCUGCAAUAUAGAAAUCCAUUUGUGCCACCACGACCACCAGCGAACGCGUUCGAGCUCCUGAGGCCACAACAAAAGGACCUGAUACGUUCCCUCCCGCAGCUAGCGUCAUCUAUGACCAAUUCCCGACUUAACUCCAACACUACUAGCACUAAUAACAAUACUAACAACAACAACAAUAACAAUAAUGAGGCUUUAGCAAAUGCAAAUCAAACAACAACGCCAUCGAACGUCAAAAACAAGGACCGCUACUCGUGUAAAUUCUGCGGCAAAGUUUUCCCGCGAUCGGCGAACCUAACGCGGCACCUGCGGACGCACACUGGCGAACAACCAUACAAAUGUAAAUACUGCGAACGUUCCUUUAGCAUAUCGAGCAACUUGCAGCGCCAUGUGCGCAACAUUCACAACAAGGAGCGUCCAUUCAAGUGCGCCCUGUGUGAACGUUGCUUUGGCCAACAGACGAAUCUCGAUAGACACUUGAAGAAGCACGAGGCUGAUGCGGCGUCUCUGGGCCUCGGCAUCGAUGACCGACUGCGCGGCUUGCGACGCAACAAUCGUGGCGGCUUACAAGAGGAAUCAUACUUUGAAGAGAUCCGAUCGUUUAUGGGCAAAGUGACGCAGAUUCCUAUUCCACUGCAAACUCAGUUGUCAUCGUCGACUGAACUCAACUCGCCCAGCAGAAGUUCCUCAUCGUCUGAACCACCGUCGUCACCUCAAAGUAACCAUUGUCUGCAGGUAAUCAAGCAGGAGGAAGGGAGCGGCCACAUAACGAACUGUUUUAGCGAAAACUCUCUGAAUCAACCCGCAGGCGAGAGCUUGAGCACGAAUAUGAACGAAGAGCACAUUAAAGUGACCUGACCUCACCAUAUAGACAUACAUACUACAUAAUUCCUAAACAAAAUACAAAACUUUAACUAAAUAAAAAACAAAAAUCAAAAACAGCAACACAAACCUAACUUGCCCUAAAAAAAUAUUUCAUAAUAGAAAACGGAUAUUAUGCAAUAAAACAACAACAUUAACAAGAAAAUAUAGAUCACUUGUUGAAAAAUCCUCAGGCGUUGUAAGUUUGUGAGUAGAAUUAUUGAAAGCGUGCGUCUGGCGUCUGUUUUAGUAAAGUUAAGUCAUGAUAGGUUAACGGUAGGUGAAAAAUUAUUUGGAUCUCCCUCUCGAAGAAAAAGUUUUCAGGCUCGUUUGGCAUUUAAUACGUUAUUUGUCAACAUUUUGACAUUGACAUUUUCUUAAAUCUUAAGUCACUUUCCGUCCAUUAUAACUUCAUCACGUACAGUUUUUUCAAAAAUCCGAUUAACAAUAUUGACAUAAAAUACAAACUACUUGAAGAAGAUUAACCACACACAGCUUUUAAAGACGCGUUGGCUCUUUAAACUUCCUUCUCUACAUGACCCGAUUUAUGAGCUUCGGCUAGAUUCGGAAUGGUUUUUGAUAUUUUUCGUUUGCUCCAAAUGUCAACAUUGACAAGUGAUUUCCUCCGUAGCCAUUGUCGGAUUCUGUAAUCGGUGUUGCUGAAAGCACAGUUGUGGAAAGACAAGACGCUUUUUGACAAUUAUAAAUGUCAAACAAAACUUUUUGAAACUAUAGUGAAAUAUAAAAUUAAUUUUCGUGUUAACUCAUUUUAAAAUAUAUCUACAAUUCAAAAAUUAGGAUCGAAAUAAAAUGAUGAAACGUCAAAAUGAUUCUCCCUACACGAUUCCAAUGCGAACACCGUUCAAAAUGUGUGUAAAUUGGAUAACGAAAGCUUUGAAGAGAUGGGCAAUAUGACCAUCGAUAAAAGUUAGCGGAAAAUUGAUUUUUCUUGCGAAUGGAAUAAGAAUACGAGUUCGGGUCAAUAAGUCCGUGACUUUCGGAAUAAGACACAGAUUUUUUUAUAAGAAAAAUAAUUGUAUUUUUCAACGUAGUCUCCCUUGAGCUCUAUACACUUUGUCCAACGCUUCUUCAAUUUUUGUAUCCCUUCAAAAAAAAAAGAAGAUUUGUCGAGCACCUCAAAAUAGACAUUUGUUUGUGAGAUGACUUCAUCAUUGGAGUCAAAUCUUUUUCCACCAAGCCAUUUCUUCAGGUUUGGGAACAAGAAGUAGUCGCUCGGAGCCAAAUCUGGAGAAUAGGGUGGAUGAGGGAGCAAUUCAUAGCCAAAUUCAUGGACUUUUGCCAUGGCAACUGCACAUGUGUGCACCCUUGCAUUGUCUUGGUGGAAAAGACCUUUUUUCUUGGCCAAACGAGGUCGGUUUUUUUGUCAAAUGGUCAUUGAAUCGGUCCAAUAAGUUGCCAUAAUAAUCCCCAUUGAGUGUUCUUCCUUUUUGAAGGUAGUCAAUGUGGAUUAUCCCGCGUGCAUCCCAAAAAACAGUCGCCAUAACUUUAUUGGCUGACAAACCCACCUUGGCCUUCUUUGGCGCCGAUUCACCCUUAGAAACCCACUGUUUUGACUGUUGUUUGGUCUCUGGUGUGUUGUGAUGUUUCGUCCACGGUUAAAAAACUCCUCCAUAUUGCGAUUAAAUAACGCCAAACCUUCCUGUGAAUUUGUUACACGAUUGCGUUUGUGGUCGACUGUGAGCAAACGCGGCACCCAUCUUGCGGAAAUUUUUCUCAUGCCCAAGUACAAAAAUCAACGUUUUCCUUAUGUGUGUGACGAGUUUCAGCUAGGCUUCAAAAUUUCCUUGUACGUUUGUACUUUACAAAAGCUCGCUUAGCUUUAUUUUUAUCACAAACCACAUUUACCCAGCUGACAAGCGGUGUUCAUAUUCUCAAAUAUGUUUGACAAUUAAAGAACCAGUAUCUGAAAAUGUAAACAACCUUUUUCUAAACGGGUUGUCAAUUAUACGUACGCAGGGUAGAUAUCAUAAUAUUUUGAUAUUUUGCUAGUUUAAAAAGAAUCUUUCUGAAUCUGAACACAUGCUUGUCAAAAUUGAGACGAACUUCAUUUUAACUAAAAUUUCAAUAAAAUCUAAAAUUAUAUUCAAGGAGUAUUUUUUGAGAUUAAUUUAAAUUUUCUGUAGAUUUAUAAAUUCAAAAUUGGUAUGUGUCCCACAUUAUCAAAAAUAUUUAAAAUGAAAUGUGAACACGCCUUAAGAAUAAAUUGUUUUUAUAUUCAACACUUUUUUUACGCUGCAUAAUUUUAUCUCCAAUUACCCAAAUGUCAAAAAUAAAUGUUUUGUUUUGACAUUUUUAAACAAAAAGGAGAAAAUCUCUAUUUUGACAGAUUAUAUAUUCGGUACAACAUUUAAAAUUAUUUAAUUUAUAACUCUUAAAUAAACGAGGCAAAAUGCGCCGGAUUUUGAACGAUUUAGUAAAAUAACCAAGCCAUUUUAUUAAAUAAUACAAAAAUUAAUGUCCUUAUUUUAAACGGUAGAAAAAAAAACAAAAUGGCAACUUUAACUAUUUGUCAGCAUCCGUUCACCAGAUUAAGAUUUGUUUGGGUUAAAUUUUUGUUCACCAACUACUGUCACUGUUUGGACGUGUUCAGAUAUUUAGAAAAUUAAAUGUAACAACAGGUUGUUUUUUAAUUUGGAGCAAAUAAUUUAAAAAAGGGCUUUUUUGUGUAAAUAUCUAAAGGGACAGAAACCAUAAACUUACCAGGCGCGCUCUUACUACAACGCCGUAGUUUUUUAUCUAAAUGAAUCAAAAACUUGGAUCUAUAAUUUUUUUAAUAUAUCCUCGCCCUUGUUUGUUUAUAAAUAAAGUAUUUUAUAAAAUUAAAAGAAAAAUCCACAAUAAUUAAGGAAUAUAUUUUUGAAACAUACCACCAAGUUUGUACAGUAUGCAAAACAAAAAAACAACAACAACAAAACGAGAUUCCUUUACUCUGCCUACCUAUAUUGUAUUUUAAAAAAUUGUAAAUGUAAAUUUAAAAACCAACCUAAACUAAAAAACCAUAACUCAAAUAAAAAAUGUAUACUGUCUUGUUUUUAUAAAUAAAUUUUGUAAUUAAAUAGUUUUAAAUUUUUAAAUUAAGCUUAAAUUUAGUUAAAAAUUAAGCCACACAUUGUGUAAAAUAUUAAUUAUUAAGAAAAAAACAAACAACCGUGUUCUUUGCCAAUUAGCCUUUUAAGUCAGGUGGUAAUUUAAAAAACAAAAAAAAAGAGUAAAUUAAAAAAGAUUUUAUUUUUUAAUUAGGAUAAAUAAAUUACGAAGCGAAACGGAAUUUUGCCAAAGUAUUUUUCAAACUUUUAUACACAUCGUUCUUUGUGUAUUUUAGCAUCUGUCUUUAUUCACCUAUCCAAUUUUUUUAAGAUUUGGCUUCGCUUCAAAAACUUAUUUAAAAAAAAUACCUAAACAGAUAAAUUCUGUCUUCGUUUAUGUUUUAAGAAAUUCGCAAAAAUUUUAAAAAUAAAUGCAAUACUCUUCUAUACUUGCUUCUUACCUACUUAAAUAUUAUUAUUUUUUGUUUUUAGUAAAACUAUAAGAAUCAAUUAGUAUUAUAAUACUAGUAUCUCUUUUUUAAAAAGUCCUAUACGUUUCAAUUUUAAUAAUUUUAUAGAAAAAUAUGUACUUAAAAAAUUAAGAAAAUAAAUAAAACAAAAAAUAAACUGUGUAAAUCUUGUAAAGUUAUAAAAAUAAUGCGGCAGACCGUGUUAAAAAAUGAAGAAGUUCUAAACUAGGUGCUAUUUUUGAUAUUUGGUGUAAAGACCGUUUUUUUAGCCUAAAGAAAGCAAAUAUACCAUGUAAAUGUUUUUUAAGAAAAAAUGUUUUGUAGAGAAAUAUUGUUGAAUUUUAUUGAUUUUAUUGUUCAGAAGUGAAUGUUUGUUUAUUUGAAUAAAUUUUUUUUAUUUUAUAUGUGAUGGA